GGCAGACGUUUGUGAGGUAGGUUAGAAAAAAAGAUCAAAACAAAAACAGAGUCGGGGGAGAAUCAGUGACCGAGUGAGGGGGAUCCAUUGUUGGUGAAGUUAGAAUAAGUAACUAUGGAAAUAGAGCACCCAAGUGAAAUUAAUGCUAAUCUAAUAGAUAAUGACUCCCUGUUUGACAAGGAUGUAGAACACAAUGAAGCAGAGCAAAUUAAGAAUGAACUGAAUGGAAACGUACCCGUAUCUACAAUAAACGAGGCCAGACUUCAUGCCAAAGCCAAGAGAAGACUUCGCAAAAAUUCUUCACGGGACUCCGGAAGAGGAGACUCUGUUAGUGAUAAUGGUGAAAAUGGUCGAGGGUUACAACCCACUAGUCCAAAAACCAAGCUCAUGGAUAGGAAAUCCCGGACUGGGAAAGGACGUGGACUUCCAAAAAAAGGUGGAGCUGGUGGUAAAGGAGUGUGGGGAACUCCUUGUCAAGUCUACGAUGAAGAAACUGUUGAUGUCAAGGACCCAAAUUAUGACGAGGAUCAAGAGAACUGUGUUUACGAGACCACAGUCCUUCCUCUGGAUGAAAAGUCAUUUGAGAAGUCUGUGACACCAAUUGUGCAGGAGUAUUUUCAACACGGGGACACUAAUGAAGUUGCAGAAAUGUUGAAGGAUUUGAAUCUUGGAGAGAUGAAGUGUGGACUUCCCAUGCUGGCUGUGUCUAUUGCCCUUGAAGGGAAAGCCAGUCACCGGGAGUUGACAUCAAAGCUGCUGCAUAACCUCUGCGGGACUCUGCUGAGCACACGAGAUGUGGAAAUUUCUUUUGACAAAUUGCUGGAAGAGCUGCCUGAACUAGUUCUGGACACACCUAGGGCACCACAGCUGGUCGGUCAGUUUAUUGCUAGAGCAGUUGGAGAUGGUAUCCUGAGCAAGACUUAUAUGGAGGCUUAUAAAGGCACAGUGGACUGUGAUUAUGCUCGAGAAGCAUUGAAGCGGGCAGCGGUUCUCCUAAGCAUGACUAGAGUUGGAAAAAGAAUUGACAGUGUCUGGGGCACAGGAGGCGGCCAGCAGCCAGUUAAAAAAUUGGUGAAAGAGAUUGAUAUGCUGCUAAAGGAGUAUUUGCUAUCUGAGGAUGUGUUAGAAGCUGAACGCUGUCUUCAGGAGCUGGAAGUACCUCAUUUUCACCACGAGCUUGUGUAUGAGGCAAUACUGAUGGUUCUGGAAGCAAGCGGGGAGAACACUUACAGGAUGAUGCUGAAUUUAUUGGAAUCCCUGUGGAAAUCAGCAGUCAUCACCUUGGACCAAAUGAAAAGGGGCUACGAUAGAAUUUACCAAGAAAUUCCAGAUAUUAAUUUGGAUGUACCCCAUGCAUACUCUGUUCUGGAGCGUUUUGUGGAAGACUGCUUCAAAGCUGGGAUAAUUUCUAAACAAAUACGGGACCAAUGUCCAUCAAGAGGAAGAAAACGAUUUGUGAGUGAAGGAGAUGGCGGUCGUCUGAAAUUCGAGAGCUAUUAGGGGACAAGGGGCGCAAUGGCCGGGCACAGUUAAUGUUUAUAAUCUCUCUAUACAUUGUUCUGGGUACAAAGCCUUUCUAUGAUAGUUUUCUAAAUAAAACUGUUUCAGAAGUUCAUAAAUUGGGGGAGAUAGAUGUACAGAGACGAGUGGUGAAACGUCAUCUAUGUCUGGAAGUGCCAUUUGUUUUCAGUUUCCUCUUGUGUUCUGUAAUCACAUGUAACAGCCGCUCAUGGUAAAUCUGAAGACUUGUUAUCGCAGGGGGCGGCGCCCUGUGACCCUUUGUUUGCUGCUGCUACUGCUGCUCUUCAUACACAUUUUGCUUUGGUAGUUGAAAGGGAGAAAUGACUUGUUCUGAAUAAUUUAUCCACUUGUGCCAGGGGGGAUAGUUUGCUUUAUUUUUUUUUUUUAAGCAAAUAGGUUGGUUAAUGGGGGGAUAUUUUUAUUCACCUUUCCAGAGAAAAACUAACAUUUUGACAUGAAAACGUACAGUAAAUGGUGGCUGGAACAUCUAUUUUUCUACAAAAAUUAAUAACUGGACAUACAAGCUAAGUUCUGCUAGAACCUGUGUAUAUACAAAUGUGUGCAAAACUAAAUAAAUAUGUUUAGUGACGCAA